AUGGCCGUUGCGGCGCCUUCGCUCUUCGGCUUCAUCCCGCCGCGCACCGCCACGCUCCUCCUCGCCCUCCUGGGCAUCCUGGUCCACGUCAAUCUUUACACCUGGCUCGGGACGCUGCGUCAGACGCUGCCCGACGUACCCGAACGCCCAUACUCGCUCGCCAGCAGACUCCAGGACUCUCCCUACGGCUCAGCAGCACGCCUGGACCAGCUGGCCGGAUUCAAUGCCCAGCUUGAUGUCGGAAUCCACUCUGCACAGGCGGCACCAUCAGCGCUGCGUACCAUCCCACCCGUCGAUCUAGCGACCUCGGCCAAGUCCAGCGUGCCGGCCUGGAUGGCCGAGGCCAAGGCGUAUCUCAAGGCACAGGGCUUGAGCUUCGCGCCCGAGAGCGGCAUCGGCGGCUCAGACCCGGCAUCUCAGGGGCGUGCCGAUCCCUUUCUACCGCCAAGCUCGGACCCAGCUCCGUCUCUGCUAUCGGCGCCGGCGCAAGGGUCAAGAGAUUCGAUGCUUAGCCUUGGACCACUCCUAUCACACGGCGGCGAAGCGUACAACCACGUCUCGUUCGACGACGGCGCCGAGGAUGCCGAGCGACUCAAUUGGCAUGCCAUGCGCCUCGUCCUCUCCUCUUUGCGUGCCUAUACGCUGCUCUGCAUCGUCUGUUGCAUGGCGGGCGUGGUCGGCGUGCUACGGCCCAACUUGCUCCUCUCGCGUCUAUUCGUCAUCCACUACUUCCUCGAUCUCCUCCUGACGACCCUGUCGCUCGGAUCCAUCGCGCUGCUGGCCACCUACCCGAGCAUCCGCAGCCAGAUAUGCGACGAGUACGGCAACGGUCCGGCCGUCUCACUCUUUGGCAUCGGCAGCGGCGGUGGCGGCAGCAGCGGCAGCCCCGUCGCCGGCGUCGUCUCUUCUUCAUCGUCGACGCCAUCGUCAUCAUCGUUACUGGGGGUCCCGAGGACAGCGCAGGGCGGCGAGGUGGACGCGGCACCAUCAAGCUGGGAGACGCUCCUCGACGGCAUCUUCACCAGCGAGAAUUGCGAGGAAGCCUUCACUUCGACCCUGAUCCCGCUCUUCCUCGUUGCCGCCUUCGUCUACACGGCAACGAAGCUGCACGCCUUCAUCUGCGUCCAGAGAUUCUACAGCUCCCUCCUUCGCACCAGGAUGGUCCAAUACGGCUACGUCGCCGACCCAAUGCGCGAGGAUUUUAGCCUCGAAGCACCGCCGCCUGUGCGGGAGAGGAGGCUGAAGCAGGACAAACUCCAAGAUUGA